UUAGGACGUGAGUCGACAGCCUUGGAAUUACAGUCCACCUCGCGCUCGUCACGUAUGUGGUUCAAGCAAACGCCUUUUGUGAAUGGCUUCGUAUUAUUCCAGAGUCGUUCAUGAAUGAAGUGUUUUUUUUUCAUAUUAGGGAUAAACAUGGACAGGUUUGUCGGUGAAGUCCGGCUGGUGAACCCGCGCGCACGGCUCAUAGUUGGCUGAUGCUUCGGAUUCUUUGUCAUUUACUUUUCGUCCGUCAACUUGUCUCUCUGCAUCCAUACUUUUGCGAAGGGCUCUCAGGCAACUGCUGAAUCGGCUAAAAUGGAUAUGUCUAAACGAAUGCUGAUUUUAUACCUAACCUGCUCGGUAGGACCUAUGCUAUCUGUCCAGAUGUGUGAGGUCAUGUGGGAGCUGGAAGCGGAGAAAAGAGAAUGUUUGUCCAAGCUGGAAAACAUCACAUCAGGUUGUACAGGAGAAUGGGAUCUAGCAUGCUGGCCAUCAGCUAGGAUUGGAGAGUUGGUCACCAUCCCCUGUCCGAAUUACUUCAGCCAUGUCAGUGAUCAAAGAGGAAACAUAUCGAAGAGCUGCACUGCCAACGGCUGGACCGAAAUAAACCCAGUUGUCAUUGCAUAUAACUGUGGCUAUGAUCCCAAUAUCACAGAGGAUGGAAAUGGUGAAUUCCUGGGCUCUGUGAGAAUUGGAUACACUAUUGGUCACACUGUGUCUCUUAUAUCCCUCAUCAUCGCCAUCAUCAUUUUGUGCUUUUUCAGAAAACUCCACUGCACAAGGAACUACAUCCAUAUUCAACUGUUCAUGUCCUUUAUAUUGAAGGCUGUGGCUGUAAUUAUGAAGGAUGUAGUCCUGUAUGAGGUGGAGGAACCUGAUGACUGCCAACAUGGAUCUGUGGGCUGCAAGGCUGCUGUGGUUUUCUUCCAGUAUGGCGUCAUGGCCAGUUUCUUUUGGUUACUAGUGGAGGGACUGUAUCUGCACGUUCUCCUGGUCGUAUCCUUCUUCUCUGAGAGGAAGUACUUCUGGUGGUACAUUCUCAUUGGCUGGGGAGUACCAGGUAUCUUCAUAACUGUCUGGAGCAUCACAAAAGCUUAUUUACAUGAUAAUGAAUGUUGGGAUUUUAUUGAUGAUGAUCUGUGGUGGAUUAUAAAAACCCCUACAUUAGUAACAAUAUUGAUGAACUUUAUUCUCUUCAUUUGUAUCAUCCGGAUACUUCGUCAGAAAAUCAGCUGCCGGGAUAUUGGAAGAAAUGAAUCACACCAGUACUCGAGACUGGCAAAAUCAACUCUACUCUUGAUUCCCUUGUUCGGGAUAAACUACAUAAUCUUUGCCUUUAUGCCUCAUCACAUUGAGUCUAAUGUGCGUCUGGUAUUUGACUUGAUUCUGGGGUCCUUUCAGGGAUUUUGUGUUGCUGUCCUGUACUGUUUUCUAAAUGGAGAGGUUCAGUCUGAGGUCAAACGAAAGUGGAGGCGGUGGCAUACGCAGAGAUUUCUGGGAGCUGACACUAAGUACCAGCAGCCCUCGAUGGCAAGCAACGGCCUCAACUUCAGCUCCCAAAUCACCAUGAUGACAAAAUGCAGCCCCUCCACACGCCGUGCUUCUGCCUGUCAAGAUGACUUCUCCACCGUCUGAGUGCUGAGAGAUGCUCCAUCUAUGACGAGACACAGAAACCAAUGAGUCUGUGCUCUAUCAGAAAGGCUGUCACUCGGACCACUUCCAUCAUCUGCGGGUUGCUGCUCCGCCAUCAUUCCUGUAGGAUCUGCACAUCUCACCGCUCAGUAGGAACAUGAGGGAAACCGUGCGUGCAGCUCAAGGCUCAUGGGGAUGGUUUGGCAUAUGAUGUAUCUUCAUAGCCAUUCUUUCACACACAUCAAUCGGGAGAGAAAUAUGCAAGUAAAAGUGGACUCUUUGACAUUUUGAUUGUGUUUCAUCAAACUACUGACUCUGAAAAGCAAGUGACGCUGGCUUUAUUAGGAUAUGAUCAGAGCUCAUUUUG